CUAUGCAAUGUUUAUUGGUCUAAAUAUACACGAUGUAGCAAUGCCCUGACCUAGGCAAUCCAACCUUGGCAAAUUAACCAGACUUCCUCAAUCUGACAACAUCAUUCUCGACUUAAUGAUGGUGUUCAUCCUUAAGGAAAACCUUUUCGUACACACAGUACACAGUGAAAACACCAACGGCAAUUCCAAAGCCUGGGAACAUGUUCUUAAAUCUGUUGAAACGGGUGAAUUGAGCCUGGGUUCUCCAGGCAUCUCUCUUGGCCCAUGGGUUACUGCUCAUGAUUGAUAUAUUAUCUAGGGUAGUAGUAAGUUUAAUUCCUAUUAUUGAAAGGAUCUCAUAUUCUCAAUAUUGACAGUUUUUGUGUAAAUUUCCUGUAUGUAUUAUUUUGAGUCGGUUUUCAUUGGUGAAGGGUGGCUUAUGUAAGAGGGUGGGUGCGGGUUAUGUAAGACUCAGGAAAUAGACGAAAUUCAUUUCAAAAAAAAAAAAAAAAAAAUACUUACUUGAGAGAUUAUAUAAUCGGACAAACUUGCCAAGAAAUUGAAAGAUGAGAAUGAGAGAAAAAAUAAAAUUUAACCUUGCUGCUGUGAAAAUGAAGGGGGGAGUCUUUAAAAUUGUCUAGCCGUUUGCGAAAAAGUACGCCACCAAAAAAAAAAAAAAGAGAGAGAGAGAGAGACAAUAGAAUCUUGUGGCAGUACUCUUAACCACAGAUUUUACUUGGCUUAUAAGUAAGUUUGACGUGCCAAGAAUGUGCUAUGAAGUAGAUAGAUAACGGAACCAAGUGUGUGUAGAGCGGUGUGUUUAACCCCGAUAUGACUAAACCUAAAUUUCCGUUCUCUUUAGUAAUUAAUUAUUCAUAACUGGGGACUCUUCAUGCAUUCCUAUUGUUGCGCCGUGGAGAAAAAGAAAGAAAAAAAUAAAUGAUGGAAGCUCCAUAUAUAGAUGUAGAUGCGGCCAGCCCCAUGCACAGAAGAUUUGUAAAUGUUUUCCGUUGUGGUUUGUUUUUUUACUUUUCUAUACCACCCAUAGUACUUUAGAAUGCCCAAGAGUCCUAGUUUAGACGGUGGGGUUGCUCCUCAUCACACCCACGAAGUCAAUGAAAGCGACUCAACCAAUGGCGAAAUACAUCCAGAUCUCCACGCCAAUGACACCGAUUCCGCCACAGGUGCAAUUAGAAUCCAUAGUGGUUCAAGAGAAGAAGAAGUUGACGAAAUCUUGGAAAGAAUUGAGGAAGAACGUGCAGAACUCACAGACUCCGAAGGAGAAGAUGAGUUUAUCAAGAAGUACGGAGAUAUCCAAUUCCAAUACAUCAAGCGUCCUAGAGAAGCCGUUUGGUUCAUCAGACCCCAUGCUCUCAAUUAUUUCAAGGAUGGGGUUUUGUACCGUACCAAGGGAGAACGUGCCUCGGCCAAAACCGAAUUGUUUCUUGAUUUGAUGUACGUCGGGAUCAUUGCCAAUUUGGCCGGGGAAGCCCUGGAACAUGCCUCCGGGUUAGCAUUGCUUAAAUAUGCUCUCUUUUUCAUUCCUGCCUGGACGGUUUGGGCUGAUAUCAAGGAUUUCACCAAUUACUAUUAUAACGAAGAUUUAUCACAAAAGAUCUACAUCUUUUGGAUUUUGGCUCUACUCACCUUGUACGUCAACAGUCAUGCAGACACCUUGGAUGGCGUGGGAAACGCGGCCAUGACCAUUGUUCCAUACAUGCUUUGUCGUCUUUCAUUGGCGGUCUCCUUGAUUAUUUAUUCGUUCUAUAUUCCUCAACAUAGACCGCAAAUGCGUCUCUAUGCUGGAUUCAUUUUCUUCACUUGUUGUCUUUGGAUUCCUGUGAUUUUCAUCUCCACUAGAGCUAAAAUCGGUCUUUCCAUCUUUGUCAUGGUGUUGGAAAAUAUCCUUUUCGUCAUUGCCUACCAUCCAACAACCAAGAAACUCAUGAAACUUCGUAUGUCCACUGCUCUCAACAUUGAGCAUGAAGUUGAACGGUUUAGUACAUUUGUCACCAUUGCCAUUGGUGAGUUUCUCUAUAAAACCGUGGCCAGUGGGCCAUUGGGUGCUGGUUUCAGUGAUAAGUUUGCUAGGGGGAUAUUCCUUAUCAUCAUUGCCUAUGUAUUGUUUUGGAUCUACAACAAUGGGUCCACCAGUAAACGUGCCACCCAUGCCUUGAGAAGAAGUGGGGUCACUGCUUGCUUGUGGAUCUAUGCCCAUCUCCCCUUGGUGGCCAGUUUGGUGUUGGCUGCAGAUGCCGGUGGUGAAAUCACUGCCUUGGACAUCACUAGUCUCAAGAAGCCUCAUCAUGAAUCUGAAGCUGGUGAAUCUGAAGCUGGUGCUGGAGCUGAAGUUGCUCAUCAUCUUGUUAAAUUCUUGAUUAAAAGAGCAUCUGAAGCUGAAGCUGAAGAACCAAACAUGUAUGCUCUUUCCUUCUUUUUCACGGGUUCUCUUUGUGUUGCCCUCAUCAUGCUUGCCAUUCUUGGUCUUCUUGACGAUCCAAAAGAUGAACAAGGGGUGUUUAUCAUUCCUAGAUUCUGGAGAGUUAUCAUGAGAGUACCAAUUGGAAUUAUCAUUCUCUGUUUGAGUUUUGCAGAACUCAACUCAACUCUUCUUAUGGGUAUCACUUCCGCCUUGUUGUGUGUCUUAUUGGUAUUUGAAAGUGUCACAUCUACCCCAAAGUCUUGCUUGGUGAGAUAACACCCAUAUAUAUAUAUAUAUAUAUGUCCUCAUAGAAAUAUAAUAAUACAUUUUACUCGUUCAACGUUCAUUUGCAACCACUUAAUCCGUCAUGCAUGCAAACAAUCACAAAAUUAUUAUUAUGCCAUGGAAUCCAUCACCAAAGCUUAUCUGCCAAGGUCAUCCCUCCAUGAGUAUAUC